UGGCGGCAGGCGGAAGUUGUGUCAGAGCCGGUGUUGAGGGCGGAGCGAUUUCCUCUCUUGCCGAGGAAGAUGGCGGCGGCGUGUCUGGUGCUUCGGAGGUCGCUGAGGGCUGGUUUGCUACAGGGAGGCCGGGGGUCCUGGCCGGCCGCUCCUCAGGCAAACAUGUCGUUUUCCUCGCUGUCCCGCGGCAGGAAGGCGGCUCUCUCCACGCUCGGCGUUCUCGUCGCUGGCGGCGCCGGAUUAGCCUUCGCACUCCAUAACUCCGUUAAAGCAAGCGAGCUGGAGCUGCACCCUCCAAGCUACCCCUGGAGCCACGGCGGAAUGCUCUCCUCCCUGGACCACGCCAGCGUCCGUCGGGGUUACGAGGUGUACAAGCAGGUGUGUGCCGCCUGUCACAGCAUGGAGUACCUGGCCUUCCGGAACCUGGUGGGAGUAACGCACACGGAGGCCGAGGCCAAGGCGCUGGCGGAGGAGUACGAGAUCCUGGACGGGCCGGAUGAGAACGGGGAGAUGUUCACCCGUCCUGGGAAGUUAUCGGAUCAUUUUCCCAAGCCGUACCCCAACCCCGAGGCAGCGAGGGCCGCCAACAACGGAGCCCUGCCCCCCGACCUCAGCUACAUCGUCAACGCCAGACACGGCGGGGAGGAUUACGUCUUCUCCCUUCUGACUGGAUACUGCGACCCGCCGGCCGGGGUAACAAUGAGGGAAGGCCUUUACUACAACCCCUACUUCCCCGGCCAGGCCAUCGGGAUGGCGCCACCGAUUUACAACGAGAUCCUGGAGUUCGGUGACGGAACGCCGGCCACCAUGUCCCAGGUCGGUAAAGAUGUCUGCACCUUCCUCCGCUGGGCGGCUGAGCCGGAGCACGAUCACCGCAAGCUCAUGGGCCUGAAAGUGAUUAUGAUCACGUCCAUCCUCAUCCCCGUAUUGUAUUACAUGAAGCGGCACCGCUGGAGCGUACUCAAGUCUAGGAAGAUCGCCUACAGACCCCCCCAAUAACGGCAGUGAUUGUCCAGGACCCCCGAGCACUCGGAGCCUCCAUACCGCUCUACGCCUCCGCCGGAGAAUGACGUGGAUGAUCGGACCUUUUCCUCCCCGCCGGGAGCCGGAUGCUGCAGCCCGUGAACUCUGAUCAUCGUGAUAUUAACCCCCGAGCUCCGCACCUCUAGGGUUCAUCAUUUUCUUUUUUUUUGCUAAAUCCAUGAUUUCAUCCGCUUUGUCCACGAUAUUCCAGCGAGGGAGGAAAAGGGACUUAUGGGGAGAAUAACACGUGGUUUGGGAAAAACGUUUUGUGUCCAUUCAUUCCCGUUAUGGGGAGUCUAUUAAAUUAAAAUAUUUCUUUUAAAACCA